CUUUAUAACAAAUGAAAACAAGAGAUGAUUUCUCCCCUCACCUCAAUCACACAAACAAAAAAAGCUGCCAUGGCUUCACCUUCCCCUUCUCUCCUCUAUCUCUUCACUCUCCUCUCUCUUCUCACCCUACCCCCUUCCACAACACAAACCACCAUAACCCUCUCUCUCUCCCCACCAGCCAAACCCCCACACACAAACCCAUGGCAAAGACUCAGCCACCUUGCUUCCUCAUCCAUAGCCAGAGCCAGCCACCUCAAACACCCCCGCAAGAACUCCUCCCUGACCGAAAUACCCCUCUUCCCCCACGCCUACGGCGGCUACUCCGUCUCUCUCGGCUUUGGCACGCCCCCGCAAACCCUCUCUCUCCUCUUGGACACCGGCAGCAGCCUCGUUUGGGUCCCAUGCACAACCCACUAUGCUUGCACCAAAUGUGACUUCCCAAACAUAAACCCGACAAACGUCUCAACCUUCAUACCCAAAAGGUCCUCCUCGGCCAAGAUUCUGGGCUGCAAGAACCCGAAAUGCGAGUGGCUUUUUGGGCCGGGCAUCCGGUCCAAGUGCGAAGACUGCGCCGAAGGGUCCGGAAACUGUACCCGGAUUUGCCCCGCGUAUGGGAUUCAGUACGGGUCCGGGUCGACAUCGGGCAUACUCCUCUCCGAUACCCUGGAGCUCCCCGAUAAAUCUGUGGAAAAUUUUCUCGUUGGGUGCUCCAUUUUCUCGACCCAACAACCCUCUGGCAUUGUUGGGUUCGGGCGGGGGCUGGAGUCGCUCCCAGCCCAGAUGGGUCUCAAGAAAUUCUCCUACUGCCUCAUUUCUCACCGGUUCGACGAAGAACCGGAGAGUAGCGACCUUAUUCUCACGACUGGGUCCCAUUAUGGCGUGACUAAGACCAACGAAGGUCUCGGUCUUAGUUACACGCCAUUUGUCAAAAUCAAAUUGGGUAAGGAUUCAGCGUUUGAGGAGUACUAUUACGUGAAUCUAAGGAAAAUUACGGUGGGUGGGAAACACGUGAGGGUACCGUACGAUCUGCUGGUGCCGGGAUCGGACGGCCACGGUGGGACGAUCGUGGAUUCGGGGACCACAUUCACUUUUAUGGAGGGUAAAGUGUAUGAAGCUGUGGCACGAGAGUUUGAAAGGCAGAUGGUACAUUAUAGCAGGGAUGCUGGCGUGGAAAAUCAGUCCGGGUUUAGGCCGUGUUACAAUGUUUCGGGUGGGGAGGAGGUGGUGUUAUUAUUUCCGGAAUUGGUUUUCCACUUUAAGGGCGGCGCGAAGAUGGAGCUGCCGCUGGCGGAUUAUUUCUCGUUGGUUGGCGAGUCAAAGGCGGUGUGCAUGACAAUCGUGACGGAUACGGGCGGGGAUAUCACAGGAGGGCCGUCGAUUAUUUUGGGGAAUUACCAGCAGCAGGAUUUUUAUUUGGAGUAUGAUUUGGAAAAUGAGAGGCUAGGGUUUCGGAAACAAACAUGUAAAUGAGAGAGACCAUACAUUAUUUGGUUCUAAAAGUUGUUUUCAUCAUGUGUUACAACUGUUACACGUACAAUAAUAGCUGGAGGUUGAGCUCAAACUUUGAGUGUGUAAGCAAUAAAUACAUCUAGAAAUGACAUAGUGCUUAGAAUUACCAGCA